AACCUACUUCAGCUACUUGCUACUUGCCAGUCUACUGUGCAUUCUACGUAUUUUAUUCGCAUGCAUGCGAUUCUAGUUUUGGGAAUCGUAUAUUCAGAAACGAAAUAUUAAUAAAAUUUGACUAUAAUGUGUGGAAUAUUUUGUGAAAUAUGUUUCUGUGAGAACCAACAAAUAAAGGAUGCCCAGGUGAUGCAGCGCAUUAAAAACAGGGGCCCCGACUGUGUACGAAGCGUAGAAAUGUGUUUGGGUGACGGUUUAACUGCCUUCUUUUGUGGAGCAGUACUUUGGAUGCAAGGCCGUGAGCUAACACCUCAGCCUGUGGAAAAUGACCAAGGAGUGUUAUUAUACAACGGCGAUAUAUUUGAUGACACUUGGCCCUGCGAUGUUAGCGAUACAACAGUCAUUAUGGAAAUGCUAACCAAGGCUGAGAAACCAACAGACGAAUUUAUUGUUCAGCAACUAAAAUUAUUAAAAGGCCCAUUUGCAAUCAUAUACUAUGAAAAACAGAAUAAUAUGCUAUACUUUCUCAGAGACAGAAUAGGAAGAAGUUCCUUGUUGUUUCACAAAAGUGACAAUACUAUAGUUAUUGGCAACACAUUAGGAAGAAAAUAUGACUGUGUUGAAGUUCCAGCCACACAUAUACAAAUAUUAAAUCUAAGAACAAAUACAGUCAAGCUCUGCCCUUGGGAUGAAGAAUUACAUACCAGCAAAGAAUUAACUAUUAAUGAUUGGACAGAACAACUGAGAAAACAACAGAGUUUACCCGAUGAUGAAUUUUCUUUUGAGUAUACGGAAAAGGAAUUAACAAAAUAUGAUGAAGUAGUAGCAUUCAUAGAAUCAACAGCUAGAGAAAUAAAAUGUAAAUCAACACUUAUGAAGAAACUGUUAGAAAACACUAUUAUAAAGAAUACUGUUGUGAAAGUGACGAAGCUAUUGGAAAUAAGCAUUAAUUUGAGAUUAAAUAGACAACCAAAUAAAUGUAAAAAGUGUUUAAAUAAUACAAUACAUAGUUGUAGUCAUUGUACAGUAGGAAUGCUGUUCUCUGGUGGUUUGGACUGUACAAUAUUAGCUGUACUGGCUGAUAAGUAUUUACCAAGAGAACAAACCAUAGACCUUAUCAAUGUAGCAUUUAAAAAAGAUCACAAAAGUACAUUUGAUGUACCCGAUCGAAUAACAGGGAAACAAUCACUACAAGAAUUACAAAAACUAUGUCCAACCAGGAAAUGGGUGUUUAAAGAAGUUAAUAUACCAAAAGAAGAAGUGGAAAAAUAUCAAGAGAAUGUUAUUGGGGAUCUUAUUUAUCCUCGAAAAACAAUCUUGGAUGAAAGUCUCGGAACAGCCUUAUGGUUUGCUGCGAGAGGUCAGAAUAGCUUAGAAUCCUCCACUUGUAGAGUAUUAUUAGUAGGCUCAGGUGCUGAUGAAUUAUUUGGUGGAUACACAAGGCACAAAAAUGCAUUCAAAAGAAAUGGUUGGCAGGGGCUUAACAAGGAAUUACAAUUAGACUGGAAAAGAAUUUCCUUUAGAAAUCUGGCCCGAGAUAACAGGGUCAUAUGUGAUCAUGGCAGACAACCUCGAAUGCCAUAUCUAGAUGAAGAUUUUACAAGUUAUAUUCUUCAAUUGAAACCAUGGUUAAGGUGUUUUCCCAGUGAAGAUUUAGGCAUUGGUAUUGGAGACAAGCUCAUGCUGAGACUGGUUGCCUUUAAUCUUGGAUUAACUGAAGCUGUUAUUUUACCUAAAAGAGCACUUCAAUUUGGCUCAAGAAUAGCAAAUAAAAAAGAGAAAGGAAGUGACAUAUCAAAAACUUUCUUUAAAAAUAUACCUCUGACAACAUAAUUUA